CGUUUGUCUCUAUUGGUACCGAACCUCCAAGCUUUACCUCGAGGAUCAACGAGCUCCAAGUUCAGAACGACUACUUGGCCCAACAGCUAAACCUUCUAAGGUUCCAGCUAGAGGCUGAGAUUAAGUUGCGACUUAGCGUCGAGGAAAAACAGAAAGUGGCCGAUGAGAGGAUUAGUACUACACAGGAAAAGCUCGACGCUGCCGUCCGCCGAGAGGGCUAUUUCCGCAGCAUUGCUUUAAGGUACUCUCAAGGGUUUGCACGAAUCAUACCUAUUAUAAAUGAGAUACAAGAGAGCCCAGGAAUUACGGAAGAAGGAUACCUGUGAAUAGAUGGUGGCCGCUUUUGGCUCCUGUUUCCUAUAUUUAGGUAUUUAGGUAGGUACCUUAGGUUAGGUACCUACCUCUUAGGCAAGCUACAAAGCUUUAUUUGUAGCGUUUUCCUCAAUUCGUCAAUUCGUGACAAUAUGAAGACUAUUGCGUCGAUAAUCUUGUUAGCUGGUAGUGCUAUCUUUCUCAUCGUGAGCAUUGCUCAGGAUAAAAUGGGCACAAGCGGAAUUGCCAAAAUCAAGUUGGAUCUACCACAGCUAUUACCCCGAAAAGCCUUCAAAAUUCCCAAGGUCAACCCACUUCCUUACAUUACGCAGCUUGGCGAUAUCACCCAGCUCCCCGACAUUACCCAACUCCCAGACAUUCCCUCACCUUCUGACCUAACCGACCUUCCCGACAUCACCGACCUUCCUCAUGUCACUAACAUUCCGGAACUCCCAACAGAUGCGAAAAGCAUCAUUUCUCAUAUUGCCACGCGAGUUUCCGAGGGUAUUUCUCAAGCAACAAGUGCAGUCUCGGCUCUAGGCAAUGUCCCGGAGAGCAUCACCCUUGGAACUUAUCAGAUCUGUUAUGUUGCUAAGAAUGAUAGCAUUAGCUGUCAAAACAUUCCUUCUGAUAUUUCAUCUCUAUUUCCAGGCCCCCUCAACGCUCUCCUAGACCUUGACAGCAUUGAUCCGCUCAUAUCCGUUGGCCUCAAGGUUAAUGUCCGUUCUUGCUUGAUCACAACUUUGGUGGGGGUUCUCCUUCUUGCUGCGCUAAUCAUUGCGUUACGUACUAUUGAUAUUACCACAUUCGGCAUCUUCUCCCGCAUCCCCCUCCUUAAGGCCAUAAUAGAGAUAAGCGUUACUGUCCUAGUAUUUAUUCCUUUGAUACUGGCUGCAUCGAUCACCUUUUCAACACCCUCCCUACUCCGGAAGGUCGAGUAUCUGCAAGUAGAAAAUGGGGAUCUAGUAUGGUGCAUCGGCUUGGUACUUGGUUUUAUUAUUGCUGGUGUAGGGGUACGGCAUUGUCCUUCUUCGUAGAUGGACCCGAUUUCUACUUCCAUAUCAGCCGUUUUUGGCACCUGCGCUCGUAUACGUUUUUUCUAGUGUUACGGGAAUACUGGGCUGGCAGGAUCUGGCUUAAUAUAUUAUCGAUUCCCCUUCUUAUUCAUUUCUAUCUCUUUUACGUCGUGCCUCUUAACCUGAUACUUUACAUUGUCCUUUGACACCAUUCUUCGUAAUCGCGACCUCUCCCAGCCUAUCUAUUCAUCAUGCCGAUCGAAAAUACUGAGUUUUUGAUUCAAGAUAUUUUU